AGUGGGAGGUGGAAGACAUGUCUUACGAACGUCUGUUAGAGCUUGACAACUCAGUCAAGAAACUUGGGCUCAAGGCUCACCAGCUGGAGAGGCUGAGCAACAUAGCAAAGCGACUGAGAGACUUGGAGGGGAGGAAGGAGGGAGACUGCUGCAUCUGCCUUGAGAAGGUGGAGGCCAACCUGGAGGGUUGGCAGCUACCCUGCCGGCAUUUCUUUCAUGAAGGCUGCAUCAGGCCAUGGCUCCGAACGAACACGUGCUGUCCUUUCUGUCGAGCAUGCUUGACAAGGAUCUGAAUUUUGAGAAUGGACUGUACUCGACCAGUCUCAUAGUUGAUAGUAGGUGACGGUCUUUCUUGCAAGUUGGUGUCUUGCUGUCAGACUGUUGGAAGACACGCUCGAUGACUGUUUCAUGACAUCUCGUGGAGAUUUCCCUCGUGUGGUUAGUAAAGGUUCUGAAUGCCC